AUGGAAAAAUUAGUGGCCAAACACAUCGCAAGUGAUAGGAGUAAUAACUUAGAAGAUCCAUUACUUGAGCAUAUUCUCUCUUUUCUUCCAACCAAACAAGCCAUUGCCAUGUGCCUCGUGGACAAGAGAUGGCAUCGACUUUGGUUCUCAGUGAGCACUCUUGAUUUUGAAGACACGAGCUUUGGUUCUGAUGAUUUCUUGUUUAAGUUCAUAGAAUCAUGCCUGAUUGAGUCUCCGUUGUUCUAUUCCCUCGUUCCGUCGAGGAGGUGCUUGUUUAAUCGUAGGGAACUGCCGGACAUCGAAGGGUGUGCCGGAAUAGUUCUUAAGGACAGUGUCCUUCCGGGCACGACUCAAGCAACCAAUCAGAAGUUCACUAUACACUGGGUUCUAUUUCCAGAUGUUGAACUUCUGGCAAUGAUUCUUUCUUCAUGUUUUGAUCGUCUUCCAGACUUUUUUCCCAUGGAUAUUAGAUUAAAGUGGCUCCGAAACUGUCCCAAACUUGAAAUUCUGGAGCUUGAAAGAGUUGAAAAACAAAUAAUGGAAGAACCAUUAGUUGAUGAUCCCCAAUGUCAUUUGUCAAACUUGAAGGAAAUCUAUAUUCGCAGAUUCAGUUCCACUGAAACUGAGUUUUCAAUUUUCAAGAUUUAUUUUAAAGAAGGCAAAUUGCUUGAGGAUCUUUUCCAUUAUUCACAUGACUGA